CCGCACAUACCAGAGGGAAAAACGCGACCACUGGACCCAGAAUUCGGGAUAAAGCUUGGACACUACCAUCCGUCGACUAACACGCCCAACAGAAGAAAUGGCGCGGUAGUGUCCUUCAAGCUUCAAGUUCAAACACUCGCCAGAGACUCUUAA